GACUUACCUAUAUAAUUUGUUAGUCCAUACUGGCAGGACUAAGUAACCUAUACAAGCUGCAUAUACUAUACACAUUACAAAAUUGUAAUGGGGGUGUAGUAAACUUAGGGUCUUAUUUUGAAUAACUUUGAAACUUCUUUUCUACAUUGAAUUUUUUAUCCUCAAGGAAAUGAGACAAUUUAAAAUGGAAAGCCAGAGUUUUUUUGACGUCAUGUUUAUCGUCAAUCAUUAAACCGGUAUUGGAUUUUUUAUUGUUGUUAAAUAACUUGAGGUACUAACCGAUAUUGAAGAAAAAGGUAUUAAAAUUUGAACUUGGACUUUAGAUUUAAGUUGUUUUUUACCUGAAGUUUUUAUGGUACCGAUCGAUCGGGAUGGUCCGGAAAUGAUGACCUUAAACAGGUAUCUGAUAUGGCUUAGAUGAGGAAAGCCGAAACUUUAUUCUUGCACAUUCACGAAACUGCUGUACGAAUAAAGUAACAUAAAUAGACAAGAAACAUACAAAAUAAGACAGGAUAAACAUAACUAUUAGAGUGUCAAUUUGCGCAUUUAGAGAACAUAGAAAACUGGAAUCGUGGUACGCCACCGAGCAACUGGGGAUACAAUGGGGCUCAAAACCCCCCACCGAGACCAAACUACAAUGUUCAUGUGCACAUACACCAUGCACCAGAUCAGGAGUUCUACCAACCACCAAGUCAACAAUAUAAUAAUCAAGAAGAUUAUGAGCGUGGCUUCCAUCAUGGAUUUUCUCAUGGAUUAUCGUACCUUAAAAUGUUACCACAGGCAACAAUUGAUGGACAUAAUCAUCACAAUCCAGUUUUCGUGAUGAAUGAGCGAGAUGAUGGCUACCGACCCGGCGGCGGUGGAAACAUGAACCCUAUUCCUUUGAACCUCAAUGAAAAACUAAAGACAACGACAGAAAAAUACUGGAGUCAUAUUUUACCAAAUAGUAAAAAAAAUGAGCCCCUCAAAUUAAAUGGUAAACCUAAGACAUCGCCAGAAAUAGAAAAUAAUAAGAAAACUGAAGUAAAAGAAGAAACUAAACCUAAGACCACUAAAAACCCUGUUGAUAAUAUAAAUAGGAUCUUGAUAAACAAAACUCUAACUCCAAUAACAAACAUAAAGAAACCUUCUACUACUGAAAAAGUUAUUAUGAAAGAAUCUGAAAAAAAUAAUAAGACCCAAGUUUUAAGCCUGCAAGACGUAUAUUUGAACACAAAGCUUCCAUCUGAAGACCCCUGUGAAGAUUAUGACCCCAUGUGGCCAGACUUCAAUGCUCCAGGAAAGGGUUAUUUUGAAACACUUUGCAAGGACUUUAUUUGGGAGGCUCGAAGAAAUGAAUUAAGAGAAUAUCGGGCGGCAGCGUGUAAAAAAAAUAAAGAAAUUGCAGAGGGACUUUACACAUCUGAGUUUAGAGGAGAUGAUGAUGACAUAAGCGAGUUCCCGCAUAUGGGUGCCAUAGGUUGGAAGGCGAUUGACGAUACCGACGGAUUGUGGGUGUUCAAGUGUGGCUGCACUUUAAUCAGUUACAAGUUUGUCCUGACGACCGCUCACUGCACGCACAUUCCUGUAGACUCCACCAUCGCUGAACCUGACCCCAAGAUUGUAAGACUAGGAAGUCAGAAUAUAAUAGAAAAAAAUAGUGAUGGUAAAAGUGACUUUAAAAUCAUCAAUAUCGUCGUUGCCAAUCACUACCGAGCUCCAAAGAAGUAUGAUGAUGUAGCUGUUAUGGAACUGGAGAAAGAGGUGGAAUUUUCGACUCGUAUUCGACCAGCCUGUUUGUGGACUACUACAUUUUUAGCGAACGAGCUGCCACAUAAGCCGAAAACUGUGACUGGAUGGGGAGCUGUCGAAUCUGCAAAGAAAAUUACUACACCUAAAAUAAAAGUGACAGAGCUCGAUGUCAUAGACCUUGAUGAUUGCGAUAAACUUGUAAAAUCCAGCUGUACCAGAGACUUUUGCAAACUUCGAGGAACCCAGAUAUGCGGGAGAAACCUAACCAGCGGCGGUAUAAAUACUUGUCCAGGUGACUCCGGUGGAGCCUUCCAGGUGGAGCUGGACCUCCCGAAGCAUAUGUCAGGAAAAAUGUACCACGUUUUUGGAGUAAACUCCUUUGGAUUUCGCUGUGGGGAGCCAAACACGCCAGUUGUGUUCUCAAGAGUGUUUUUAUGGGCGGAUUGGAUCGUAGAAGUUAUUGAGCCGCGAGAAAUUAGUAUUAAGGAUGCCUUAGACAACAUAGCCGCCAACAUCCGGAAGAAUCUACUGAACCAAAUUCGAUUGGAAGGAAACAAAAAACUGGAAACAACGACUGAAAAUUAUAUGAGUCAUAUUUUGCCAAACGUUACUGAACAAACUGAGGCAAGUGUAACUAUGAUGACAACAAAAAAUCCCGAUGAUGACAACAUAAACCAAACUACAACUCUAAUAACAGACAUGGGAAAUUCUUCUAUUACUGAAAAAGUUAUUGUGAAAGAACCUGAAGAAAAUAUUAGGGACAAAUUUAUAAGAUUGGAAGAUGUAUAUUUGAACACAGAGCUUCCAUCUGAAGACCCGUGUGAAGAGUUCGACCCCAAGUGGCCAGACUUCUAUGCUCCAGGAAUAGCCUUUUUUGAGAGAACUUGCAGGAACCACAUUUGGAUGGCUCGAAGAAAUGAAUUACAAGUAUCUAGGGCAGCAGCCUGUAAAAAAAAGAAAGGCGGAAUUGUUAGCAGUUCCGGUAUUGAAAGAGAUGAUGCUAAAAUAAGCGAUUUUCCGCAUAUGGGUGCCAUAGGUUGGAAAGCGAUUUAUGAUACCGAUGGUUUGUGGGUUUUCAAAUGCGGCUGCACAUUAAUCAGUAACAAAAUUGUUCUGACGGCGGCGCACUGCACACACGUCCCUGUAGACUCCACUAUCGCUGAACCUGACCCUAAGAUUGUGAGACUAGGAAGUCAGAAUAUAAUUGACAAAAACAGUGAUGGUAAAAGUGACUUUAAAAUCAUGCGUACCGUUGUUGCCGAUGACUACCAAGCGCCAAAGAAGUAUAAUGAUGUAGCCAUUAUGGAGCUGGAGCAACCAGUGGAAUUUUCGAUGCGGAUUCGACCAGCUUGCUUGUGGACUAGUUCUGAAACAAACGAGCUUCCAUCGAACCCGAAAACUGUGACAGGGUGGGGUGCUGUGGAAUCUGCGAAAAAAAUUACUACACCUAAAAUAGAAGUAUCAGAGCUCGAUGUUAUAGAGGUUGAUGAUUGCGGUGAACUUGUGAAAUCCAGCUGUACCACAGACUUCUGUGAAAUUAAAGGAACCCAGAUAUGCGGGGGAAACCGCACCGGCGGAAUAAAUACUUGCCCAGGUGACUCCGGUGGUGCCUUCCAGGUGGAGCUGGACCUCCCAAAGGAUAUGUCAGGAAAAAUGUACUACGUUUUUGGAGUAAACUCCUUUGGAUUUGGCUGCGGGGAGCCAAACACGCCAGUUGUGUUCUCGAGAGUAUCUUUAUGGGCGGAUUGGGUCGAGAAAGUUAUAAAAGGCACGGGACCACCGAGAAUAACUAAUCUUACGGCUUUCUUGAAUAGAAUAUACGCCUUUAAACCGUAAGCUUAUUUAACUUUGUAUCAAAUAAAAACAUUUAGCAAUUUAAAAUUUUUUAAUAAAAAAAAUAGUGGAAACAUUA